AGCUGCUCCUUGAUAGGAAGUGGGACUGACCCAUGGUGGGGUCACUACGAUUACUCCAACUCUGUACUGAGAGGGCCAGCAGUCGUUUCUGUUCUGAAGGAGACAGCGCCACCGAUCUUCAUCAUCAGGACAGUAUGGUCUGGGAAAGCACUUGGCAGCUUCUGCUGACACUCUUCAUUGUGGCAUCGCCUCGAGAGCUCCUCGCAGACGACUGUGUGUCGUCCUCUGCAAGCAGUGUUAGCCUCUCUGCGAGCAGCUUCCGCAACCUUACGGGUCACUGGAUAACCAAAUUGUCUGGUCUGUUACAGGCGGCUCUCAUCCGCAAAAGUAGAAGAGACGUCAGUGAUCUGCUGGCUGAGGAAAGGCCGUUGCAUUACGACAUCGACGUUACCCGUCAAGGUUGUGGUGACGACGAAACCCUGACGACGUUUUUCAGUGUUGUAGUGUGCAUAAAUGAACUAAACGGAACGCACAUUAGUGUAAUCAAGACCCCUACGGACGUUCAACAACCUUUACAGCCUGACACUACCGCAACAACAAUGCCAAUGUUCGAGUUAAUCUCGCAUACAUCACCCCCUCCCCGUGUUGGUGCCGACUACAAAUUCUUUCGAAAUGUUGGAUACUAUAAGUUGCACACUGAGAAAAUGAACUGGGAAAAUGCUCGGAGAACAUGCGCAAAGGAAGGUGCGCACCUCGCCAUUGUGAACUCUGUGGCGGAAGAAAAUGCUAUACGCGAAGUAAUGAGAGCACACUCGUCAGAUAACUUCGCUGCUUUCAUCGGUUUCCACGAUAUCUUCAAGGAAGGGGAAUACGUCACUGUCUUGGGUGAACCUCUGAAAUCGAGUGGCCACGUAAGGUGGGGAAAGGGGGAGCCCAAUAAUGGGAUGUUCCCCGGUUCUCCGGAAGGCGAGGACUGCGGGAAUAUUUACGCAGACGGAGCCAUCAACGACUACAGGUGCACUCAGGAGUUGCCAUUUGUGUGCGAACAGAGUCUCUAAUGCUUGUCGGGGCUGACUCUUUCGUAUCCUGCAGUUAGCUGUGAAUUGCUGAAACUUCAACACCUGCGCUUGGUUGCAAAUUAUGGAAGAAACAAACUGCGCAUCAACUUCUUCUGCCAAUAGGAAGAUGUUACAAAGCAAAACAUAAAAUAAAAAUCAUUUCUUCUUCUGUUA